AUGCUGUUCAUUCGUGCAACUGCGAGCCUGCUGCUGAUUUCCCUCGCUGCUGCCGCGCCGCCAUCAGCGUUGAAGAGGUCCGCUUCCAUACUUCCUUUAUCAACCAAGGGGCGAGAUAUCGUCGACGCGAACGGCGAUGUCUUCCACUUCAUGUCGACCAAUUGGCCAGGCCACCAAGAGAUCAUGAUUCCUGAAGGCCUCCAUCACUCAUCCGUCCAAGAUAUCGUAUCGUGGUUUCCUAAGCUCGGCCUCAACUCGGUCCGCAUGCCGUUCGCAAUUCAGAUGGUGGAUGACUACCUUGCGAAUAGCCCUAACCAGACUCUCGAAAAGAGUGUUCUUAAUGCGAUUCCGGGCACAAACGGCACCGAUGUUCUGAACUCUAUCCUGGAGAAGAACCCGCAGUUCACCAAGAACACGACAAGACUCCAAGUCUGGGAUGCUGUUGGCAAGGAACUUUCGCGUCAAGGUGUGAUCAUCCACUUGGACAACCACGUUUCGAAGGCAUUCUGGUGCUGCGGCGACGACGACGGUAACGGCUGGUUCGGCGAGAAGGACUUCGACGUGGAGAAGUGGAAGCGAGGUUUGGCCUUUAUGACGAAGCAUGCGAAAGAAAACUGGUCGACGUUCUCGUCAAUGGGACUGCGCAAUGAGCUGCGAGCUGCCAAGGUGGCCGAGCCGGUCGACUGGUAUACCUGGUACAUCCACAUGACUGCCGCUGCAGACGCCGUUCACGAGGCAGAUCCCAAUGCGCUAAUCUUCUUCUCUGGUCUUUCGUACGACACGUACAUAGACCCCAUCCCUCUCGGAAAGACGCUCAAUGGUACUAGUGGUACAUCGACUGCGAACAAGACCGCGAAGUUCGUGCCCGAUAGCUUCGCUUGGAAGGACAAGAUCGUUCUCGAGAUCCACAAGUAUGAUUUCGAAGCCACACAGGAUGACUGCGCGACCUUCAAGAGGAAGUGGUAUCAGAAGGGCUUCCAGGCCGUCAACCCCGACGACCCAGCGACCAAGUACACUUUCCCGAUGGUAAUCUCCGAAUGGGGAUUCAUCCAGAACGGAACAUACUGGAACCAAACCACUUACGCGGAAUGCUUGGUGGAGAUGGUCAAGGAGUACCAGGUUAGCUGGCAGCAUUGGGAGCUCUCGGGUAGCUUCUACCUCCAGACUCGUCCUAACCGAACUCCCAACACGCUCAUAGGAGCGGAUGAGGCAUGGGGAUUGUUGAACUACGAUUGGUCUGCGCUUCGAUCGCCUGUCACCCUAGAGAACAGCUUGUACCAGAUGAUCGAAGCGUUGAAGUAG